AUGGCGAGCCAGUCGGAUCUCCAGCCUGGAGUCGAGGAGAUAGCCGCAUUCGUGGACGACAGCGUCUUCACUCAGUUGAGCGCGAAACUGGGGGACGCGAAGGAAGGCAACGAGGGAGCACUGGAGAAGAAGCCUCUUCGCAUCGAUGAGUAUUUGAAAAAAUAUCGCGACGCGGGACUCCGGGUCUCUCAGAAAGAAUUUAAGGGAUGCUUGGAGGUGAAGAUCAGAAUCGUAUACGAGUACCCAGACGUGACGGUCGAUCUUGCGGAAACCAUUACGGUCAAGACGGUGAAAGACCUCCUGGCAAAGUUUUUUCCGGAAGACAACCCCCUCAUCACCAAGCUGGGUGAAGACGAAAUGAUCCGACUCUCGGAUGCGUUCACUAAAGUCACGUACGUCGGCAAGGCCCAAGACGACCUCGCAGAAUACCUGCGGGACUGCUGGAAAGAGUACAACCCUGCAAAGUACAAGGCGCCAUGUGUGGCGGUUGUGCAGAGUUCCGGCUUCGGCAAGAGUCGGACAGUGCGUGAGCUUGCGCUCAAGGCAGAACGAGAACCGAACUUGAACCUGAAAGUUUUGUACAUGUGCGCGCGUGUGCACCGAUCGACGGGGUUUCCGGAGGCUACGAGUAAGCUUCGUGAUUGGCUGUUUGACCCUGCCGCCUCCUCAGUGCAAGAGGUCGCCAGGCGAUUGAAGGCGAUUUACUGCUAUGCGAAAGAUCAUUGGGCGGACGUUCAGACGGAAUGGCUGGAGCUGUUUAUCGACAAUGCAACUGACAGUUCCGAUCCAGAUGGCAAAAUGGUGGUUCUGGUGAUCGAUGAAGCGAGAAGUCUGCUGGCUGAGGUGGAUGGCAAGAAGAACGAUUUUCGUAUGUUGCGAAAUGCUCUUAAAUCCGCUAACGAAGAUAUCGGCCCCGAAGGAGGCAUUUUCGGCGUGCUGAUUGAUACGAACUCGCAGAUCUCGGACCUGACGCCGCCUCUGUUGUUGGACCCAUCUUCUCGGAAAUCUGGAGGUAGUUUGGCACCGUUCGCGCCGCUUGUACUAGCUGAUACGAUGGACGCACACUGGGAUGACUACUUUGAAGAUGAAGAGAUAAACGAGGGAACCCAAGUUGCGGUGGGAGCUGAAGACGAAGAGAAAACGAAACAGCAAGAACGUGCUAAGAUAGCCAUGUACAAGACCGUCGUAACUGGAAGUGACGGUCAGGCCUGGGAGGCGUUGAGGCGCAUGGGCCGCCCGAUGUGGUACAGCACUUACCCCGAUCCAGCUCAUAAAGUUCGCGUGAUUGAUCUCGCGGCGAAUAAACUGCUACUGGGGAUUCCCCCUUCGCAAAAUGCGUACAACAAGGAUACCAUGUUUGGUGUCGCCUCCAUGCUUUAUCGACUGGGUGUUCGACCGCAUUCGACGUCGGCUUUGGCAUCUCGGGCCCCCGCUGACUUCAUGGCGAUUCUCGCGUAUGUGAACUUCAAACGAGAGGGUUACGUCACCAGCUACGCUUCGGACCCAGUGCUCGCCUUAGGAGCGAUGAAAGUGUGGUAUGAACUGAAAUAUGGUCUGGCAAAGUAUAUCCUGCCGCAACUCAAGAACCUCCUUUUGGAUGAAGCGUUGGACACUGGUGGAGUUGGCGAAAUUGGCGAGAUGGUUGCUCGCAUUCUGCUGCUUCUAGCGAUGGACAAGUGUGUUAUGGGGGACAAAGAUUUUUCCCAGUGCUACCAUACGAUCGGGCAAUUUGUACCGGUGCAGCAAUUCUUGAAGGUGCUACAAGGCAAGAAAAAGCUGCCGAUAUAUCUCAAGCGGAUGAUCAGCAAGGAGAAUUUGAGACCAGAAUUCAACAAGUGGUGCUCGAAGUGGGAGGGUUGGUACAUGGGGUUCACCCACUUUGUGCAGUUGCAGCUUGAGCCGAAUGAGGACACGCUUUGGUUUUUGCUGGGGCGUCAAGCUGCAGGUAUUUUCCCCCGUAACCAGUAUGGAGCCGAUUUGUUGAUCCCGAUGUUUAAGAAGAGAUCCAACAGCAGGCCAGUCGGUGGGGAGACAACGAGGGGUGAACAAGAGGAGCAGGAAGUGUUGAUGAUGUUGAUUCAAGUGAAGAAUCGUUCCCCAGUCGAUGGUGGGUUUUCCAGGGCAGCGACGGAGAAACUAUGCCCCUGGUUUGUGUUCGGAAAGAACAGUGAUGGGAACUCGUCAGCGGGGAAAUCUACCGGUGAAAUUGGUGGGCAUCCGAAACCGCUGAGCUCCACGGAUGUCCGUGAUACCAUUCGCAUCUACAUGAAUGUGCGCGGUAGAACGCGUGACGGCAAGUUCAUCUAUGCCACGACAAUGAAAGACAAUCUUAAGCCCAAGAAGAAAGGCAACGCCUCUGAGGUGAAGGAGGAGAGUCAGACGAUCGGGAGUCAGGCGAAGAAGCGGGCGAAGAUCGAGAGCAAUCCUGGCGUCUCAAGUGUGUCGAGUGUCUCGGAGGAGGAUCCUGUUUUCACGAUCUGCCUCCGUUUACUCAACAGGGUCACCUACCCGUUCCUGAGCGAGGACGUGGCUUCCAUUCUAUCAAACAUGGUGGAGUCUCAGUAUGACCCGCUGGGGCUUGUGGAGGGCGACCUGGACUAUCGCGAUGAAGAUGCAAAACGGAACGAAGACGCUAGUUCGUAUGCAAAGUUGUCGCUUACCGCGACGCGCGACAAGUUGUUGCAGAACGCCCGUAAAGCACUAGCGUACGCGCCGGGUGACAAGGAAGAAGAGUGA